CUCCUGAGCUCAAACGAUCCACCCGCCUUGGCCUCCCAAAUGCUAGGAUUACAGGCGUGAGCCACUGCGCCCGGCCCGGGGCUUAUAUCUUCAAAUUCUGAUAACAUCACUCUGGAAGAGCACUGGUUCUUGAUCUUCCACAAUGGGUGAACCACAGCAAGUGAGUGCACUUCCACCACCUCCAAUGCAAUACAUCAAGGAAUAUACAGAUGAAAACAUUCAGGAAGGCUUAGCUCCCAAGCCUCCCCCUCCAAUAAAAGACAGUUAUAUGAUGUUUGGCAACCAGUUCCAAUGUGAUGAUCUUAUCAUCCGCCCUUUGGAAAGUCAGGGCAUUGAACGGCUUCACCCUAUGCAGUUUGAUCACAAGAAAGAACUGAGAAAACUCAAUAUGUCUAUUCUUAUUAAUUUCUUGGACCUUUUAGAUAUAUUGAUAAGGAGCCCUGGGAGUAUAAAACGAGAAGAGAAACUAGAAGAUCUUAAGCUGCUUUUUGUGCAUGUGCAUCAUCUUAUAAAUGAAUACCGACCCCACCAAGCAAGGGAGACCUUGAGAGUCAUGAUGGAGGUCCAGAAACGUCAGCGGCUUGAAACAGCUGAGAGGUUUCAGAAGCACCUGGAACGAGUAAUUGAGAUGAUUCAAAAUUGCUUGGCUUCUUUGCCUGAUGAUUUGCCCCAUUCAGAAGCGGGGAUGAGAGUAAAAACUGAACCAAUGGAUGCUGAUGAUAGCACCAAUUGUACUGGACAGAAUGAACAACACAGAGAAAAUUCAGGUCAUAGGAGAGACCAGAUUAUAGAGAAAGAUGCUGCCUUGUGUGUUCUAAUUGAUGAAAUGAACGAAAGACCAUGAAGGAUGUCUCUUUUCCUCUUGACUUUUUUCUUUUUAAUACAUAGCUCAUAUGCAUUAAAAGUUAUAUGUUAUUAAAAGUUAAAAAUUAGUUUA